CUGUAUUAAUGCAUUGAGUGCCUUGUUGUCUAACUUUUAGGACUCGGUCAGGGGUUAGUUUGUCUUCCUGGAAAUCUUCCUGAAAGCUGCUACUGCCGUCUCAUUCGUCCCGCCGCUGUGCAGAUCUCCUUCCCGGUGCGCCCACUUCUCCGCCUCUCCAGCGUUUUCCCCCCCUACGCACACAUCCACUCACCCGACGACAGAGACCAGCUUCAUCGCUCCCCAAACCGGCUUCGGACACCUUUUCUCUGCGCUUUUUCCAACCUCUCUGUGGAGUUUUUUUCCUUUUUCUUCUCCCCACCUUUUCUUUCACAGAUGCUAUUUCUUGUCAUCACCAUGUGCCUGACUCCUGCGCGCUCCACCCCGCCUGCCGGAGCGGAGGAGCGCUGGACCGGAGAGGCGCACAAGGAGGAGAGCUGAUGUGGCGCGUCGGCAACUGCAGAAACAGCUAAGACUAAAACUCAGCCGGGACAGCGUUUAUUGACGGGAAUGACUUUAGACAACGUGAAACAACCGCACUGCUGCCAACCCUCACUUGUUUUGUCCAGUAAUAGUUUGAGGUGUGCCCGGCUCGGCUGCUUUGCGCUCUGAUUUCAAAGUGAUGUCAGCUCGCCUCGCGGGGUUCUUGGAGUUAACGCGUGCGUGAUUGCCUCUCUGCGCCCCGCCGAUCAACCUCCUCCACCUGACUCAAUCCAGCAAUGGUCAGCGAAGGAUCACGCACAGAUCCAACCAUUGAGCUUUCUGGUUUUUUGCGACCGCAGAUAACUUUUAAAGCUUGACCAAAACAACAACAACAACAACAAAAAAAAAUCCCCAACAACCCAGAAGGCAUGGUUUCAGCCUGCACGGCGAGGUUCACAAGUUUUAGAGUCCACUUCAAGCCAUAACAGAGUAUGAUCCAGUGAGAGGCGACAGAAGGAACUGAUAAUAUUAAUAAUAAGAACAAUAAUAAAAUGCUCGGAAGCCCAUCCAACAACGGCGGCCUCAGAAUGCUUGCGCCCCCGGCCCCGAACGACGACAGGCGGGUGGAGUUCGUGGCGCUCACCGCCGUCCAGACGGAGCGCAGCGAGCCGUCCACGCCGGAGCGCGGACACCCGUCUCACCGCACGGGGCUCCUGGGGACCCCGCUGCCCGGGCCGCCCGGACCCCGAGCCAACGCGUCCGCUUCCAGUAAGCGCUUCAGAAAGUUGCAGAACUGCCUUUACAACGUGCUGGAGAGACCGAGAGGAUGGGCGUUCAUCUAUCACGCAUUCAUUUUUCUGCUGGUGUUCAGCUGCUUGGUGUUGUCUGUGUUCUCGACCAUCCCAGAUCACCAAAAGAUGGCCAACCAAGGCCUCUUCAUCCUGGAAUUUGUAAUGAUCGUGGUGUUUGGCUUGGAGUACUUCAUCAGGAUCUGGGCAGCUGGCUGUUGUUGCAGAUACCGAGGAUGGCAGGGACGCCUGAGAUUUGCCAGGAAGCCCUUCUGUGUCAUAGACUUCAUCGUGUUCGUGGCGUCGCUAGCGGUGAUCGCUGCGGGGACGCAGGGCAACAUCUUCGCCACGUCAGCCCUGCGCAGCAUGCGAUUCCUGCAGAUCCUGCGUAUGGUUCGUAUGGACCGACGGGGAGGCACCUGGAAACUACUUGGCUCCGUGGUUUAUGCUCACAGCAAGGAGCUGAUUACAGCCUGGUACAUAGGUUUCCUGGUGCUCAUCUUUGCCUCCUUCCUUGUCUACUUGGCUGAGAAAGACAUCAACUCAGAUUUUGGCACCUAUGCAGAUUCCCUCUGGUGGGGAACUAUAACUUUGACCACAAUUGGUUACGGUGACAAGACCCCCCGUACGUGGCAGGGGCGACUUCUGGCUGCUGGCUUUGCCCUUCUGGGUGUCUCCUUUUUUGCAUUACCUGCUGGAAUCUUAGGUUCAGGCUUUGCCUUGAAAGUUCAAGAGCAGCACCGACAGAAGCACUUUGAAAAGAGGAGGAUGCCUGCUGCAAAUCUCAUACAGGCUGCAUGGCGUCUCUAUUCUACAGAUGCGAAGCACUCAUAUCUAACAGCGACAUGGUAUUUCUACGACAGCAUGUUACCUUCAUUCAGAGAACUGACGCUACUGUUCAGUCACCUCCAGCGACAGCGUAACACCAAGAAGGUUCUGCAGAACUCCUACCACACGCUGCUGUCUGGGCUCCGGCCCUACAGCUCCCCUUACCUGUCGGGGGACAGUCAGCUCCUUUCUAAAAAGCGAGGUCUCUUCCGGAUUCAUGUUGGCCGCAAGCAGAGCAGUAAAAUGGGCUUCCGGGAUCGGAUCCGGAUGAACAACUCCCGUUCAUCCCAAACCAUCCGGAACAAGGCCUCUCCGCUGCCCCCUGGCUCCAGUGUUCGCCGCACCCCCAGCCAGGAGAACAUCCCUGAAGCCACCAGCCCUGGCAAGGUCCAAAAGAGCUGGAGCUUUAACGACCGCACACGUUUCCGCACCUCGCUUCGCCUCAAGCCCCGCCCACCUGUUGACGUGGAGGGGCUUGGAGAGGAAAGCAUGGAAGACAAGUCGUAUUGCGACGUGGCCAUGGAUGAGGUGAUUCCAGCAGUGAAGACGCUUAUACGAGCUGUCAGGAUCCUGAAGUUCCUUGUGGCCAAGAGGAAGUUUAAGGAGACUCUGCGUCCGUAUGACGUGAAGGACGUCAUAGAGCAGUACUCAGCGGGACACCUGGACAUGCUGGGCCGCAUCAAGAGCUUACAGAUGAGGGUGGACCAGAUAAUCGGACGAGGAGCUGUCCAGCCUGAUAAGAAAUCGCGCCCUGAAAAAGGAGAGAAGACGCCACCAGAGCUGGACCCGCUGGAUGAGCUCAGCAUGAUGGGCCGCGUGGUCAAAGUGGAGAAGCAGGUACAGUCUAUAGAGAACAAGCUGGACCUCAUGCUCAACUUCUACUCCCAGUGCUUGAAGAAAGGCUCCUCCCACGUCACGCUGUCCUCCCUCCUGGACCCCGACCUCACAUCCGACUACCACAGCCCCACGGACCAAAGAGACCUCUUCCCAUCCGCCAACACACUCAACAUCUCUCAGUCUGACAGCGGGAACUUGGAAUGACAAUUAGCCGAGUGUCAGGACACAGACCCUAACCCUUUACACAACGUCCUCUUUAGGCUGAGUCCUCCUUCUGAACAGCCUGACUUGCAGGUCGGCCCCUUUUAAUUCAGAUCUUGUCUGUUAUGAUUGCCCCCUCCCAUCUGCCGCCCCAAAUCUCAACCCUCAGCCAUUUCUCCUGGGGUCAGCGUUUCUUGAGCCGGGCAGACAGUGGCCACCAGGUGGCUCCAGCUGACGAGGAGCCUCAGCCAAAGCUGCUCACCGCACACGCCUCUCAACUCACUGGAUGAGGAAAGUACUUGACUACUGAAGCAGUCUCACCCACUCACAUCAUGCUGUACACCUAGACCCACUUUAAACUUUAACAGCAGACGGACUGUGGAAAAAAAAGAUUUAGCAAACAUUUGGAGGGAUCUUCUUUUUCCUCUUUAUUAUCCUGUUUUAUUUUUUUCCCCCUCUCUUGGGCACUUGAAUCUACUGAAAAGCCGUUUGUUAACAACGUUGCCAUUCCGACAUUAGGGUGACAACACAGUUCUUCGUGCUGUGAUUGAAUGUAGCUGUUCCUAGUGCGAGAGAAACCGCGGAAACGAGAACAAGAGCCACCCACACCUGAAGAAAGUGCACAGUUUGGCCGGGAUCAGCCGCACCGGCACAGGGUCCCACCCAAACACGGGAAAAUCUGUUUUCCAAAAACCUACGUUAAUCACCCAAAACUUUUCACGUGACAAAGGAGCGAAAAUAAUAUGCUGGCUUGACUGUGGAUUUGGACUAUACUUUAGUGUAAAUUGUGUGUUUUUCACUUCUAUCUCCUCUUUAAGAAGUCUGGUUUCCAACAAGCCCAAUGGCAAAAAAAAGUUGGCAUUGUAGUGAGGAUUGUAUAGGAUUAGAGCCACAUUGUUUCAUUAUAAUUCCCAAAUCUCUCUUUUGCAGUUUUUCCACACUGCUGUGCAAACUAUGAGCAUUUUGGUGCCCUAAAUUUCUGUUUGUUUUAAAUAGAAACUUUAAACGUCCCUGUCUUGCAGCCCACACUCCUGCCAUAUUUAUGCAUUGGGACUUGCCUUUAAAGGGAUAGUUCAGACCUUUUGAAGUGAAGUCCUGUUAAAACGUCAUAAAAUGUUAAUAUAUCUGCUGUAUACAAAUCUGUUUGGUAGAAAUCUAGAUGAUUGGACCCAGGUGCUAAAGUAAAGCAUCUAUAAUUUAGCCAAUUUUCCUACUAAAUGCCUAAAUUCAUAUCGAUUGUAUGUUCAAAUAAAUUCUACUUUAGUUAUAAGUGGUUUGACAGCAAAAACAGAAUACAUUGUUUGUUUGUUUUUUUAAAUUAAGGCAGAAUUAAAGAUGAAGAGAUACUAACCAGCUGAAUAAGGAAUUACAUUUACUUUUAAACAAUAUCAGAGCUAUGGAGAAAUGAUUAACAAAAUGAAAUAAAACUUGCAGUUAUAAGGACUAAUAAACAAACAGUGUGAAAUAAUCUGUAUUCUCAGGGAAAAUUUAAGCCAAUGAAAUGAAAGUUCAAAAUAAGACACAUCAUUCUAAUUAAACGUUAAGGAUUUAUCUGUCUCUGCUGCCCCUAAAUGAGCAAAUUCUGAGUUGUAAACCUAUCUUUAAUCUGAAAAAAGUAGAGUAAAAAACAGAAAGAAUGAAAUCCAGAUUUAGAGCUAGCUCUUAUCUGUUAGCUUUCAGCACUAGAACCACCAUGCUAAACAUAUGAGUACCUUACCUGGAGAAAUCAUGUCUUCCUUACAAAAAGUUUUCUUGUGCACUCAAAUCAACUUUGAAUUAUUUGCUAAUAACUUUGGGGUGAGAACAUAGUUUUCCAUUCUGUGAUGACUGUAGCUAUUACUUGGUUCUAAACCAGGCUGUUGUUUCAUUCCUGGGAGCGUUUGGACCUCUGCAGGUGUGCGGUUCUCACCCCGUUCUCUCAGCUGUUGUUUCAACCAGAAGGCCCGUCAGUUCUGGCACAGUUUGUUGGAUGGCUCAGAGGUUCCCUACUUACUACAGUUAAGCCCAAAAUCUAGAUUUACCUUUUAUUUUAAAAAAGGUUUAUGUGAAAAUGAGUUGCACCCUUCUGAAAAAUCAGUGCUAAGACCUUAAUUGGCACUACAUCGAUCAAAACCCUUCUCAUAAUUGCUGAUGAGUUGAGGUCCCUCCACAGAUUCUCGAUCAGAUUCAAGACCAGGAUUUGGCUGGGCCACUAUAAAACGUUAAUAUUAUUCCCAAUCAGAAGACACAUAUUGGUAAAAUUUAAGAUUAUUUCUUUAAAAUAAAUCUGAUUGGGGUAUAAAUAAAUGUGGGCAGAACUUUAAGUGACAUUGGGCACAUUCCUCAAGUGUUUUUGGUGGGAAAAUAAGAAUUUUGUAUAGCUUAACACAGAAAUAGACAAAUGGAGCGUAGAAUAAUGCAAACAGAAACCUUUUUGCAACAGAAACAGUCAUUUGGAUCAGUCCUUUCUAACCUAGUUGAGCAAGAGUAUUGGUUCUUUCCUCCUCUUACCCAGCUUGUCAGGGAGCCAGAGGAGGAGAGGUCCCAAGCAACUGAUCAAUCCAUCAGAAGCAGAUUUAGGACAAGUUAGACAGCCAAUAAUAAAAUUGCAUUUGCUUUUUAGUCUAGUUAUAAAAAGAAUCUUAUGACUGUUUCCAAAUAACAAUUUUAAAAGUUUAACCGUAUUGAAUGAAACACAGCAUUUAUAUUGGGAGUUUAACACAGCCAACAAUCCACAUUUAAAGUUAUGACAUAUAAUUUACUAUAAGCUUCUAAAUUUGUUAAAUUAAGUAAUCAACUUUAAUGAAAUCUUUGUUUUGAGUACCAUUUUUAAGAAAUCGUGACAGAUUCUGGCUGGUAUUCACUUUUUAGACAUAACAACCUGCGAGAUCACAUUCUACCUAUGUUUUGUGUUUUGGGAUUUCUUAAGGAUUAUUUUUACUAGAUCUAAAUUUCGGCAAGGACAUUUUGAAGUGACCUGGGAAAAAAACAGUUCUUAUGGGUCUGAGGUCAAAUCUGAAGAAUCGUUUGCGCACUGCAAGUCUGAAACCAACUCCAAAGUACUUUCAUGCUUUCAUGAAUGGAGUUGUUUUAAGACAGUAGAAGUUUUGCUUUUCUUUUUCCUUUCAAAAUACCUCUAGCUUCAGCCUCUGGGUCCAAUAAAUCUCGGUUUAUACUAAAUGAAAACACAAGAAAAUAAUAUAUUGAUACAAGUAAGGUAAUUCCCUCCUUAGUCCUUGUUACAGAACCUCAAGUAGAAAGAUCCUGACCUAUCCAUUUUAAACAAAACUCACAUUCUCUAUAGGAAUUUGGACACAGAGAGAAACCUUUUCUGCAUUGCUUUUCGGGACUUACGUCUGACCUCAAGUCUGCAAAAAAAAAAAAAAGGGUAGUUUUUAUUCUCCUUCCUUCAUCAGAUGUCACAUGCACUUGCAGAAACUUUAAGCCCAGUUGGGUGCAGUUUUAAACAAUGAAUGAUGCUUAAGAAAUCCAGGUCUUAUGCAUGAAUUCUAGAUCGUUAAUCUCAUUAAUGCACGUGCCAUUAAGAUGCUUCAGAACAAAGGGUGAGCCGUCAAGACGUUAGUUAAGACGUUAUGGCGACGUUUGCUCAGUAAAAUUCUCCAUGUUGAUAGACAACUGGAGAGACUGGAAACACACACAAAUGCUGAUAAACAUAUGAACAACAAAAGCAAUUCUUUAACUUAAUCUAUUUAGGCAUUUGAUAAAUUAAAUACCAUUUUGUUCUGCUCAAUUUAGCCUUUCUUUGCUAAUCUCCUUCCUGUAAUUAUUCCCAUGCUUUUUAUGAAACUUUUCUUUUUAAGUUCUGUUGUGGGUGGUAUAAGUGUAGGAUAUUUUGUUGAUAUUUUUUCUUAGGCAUAAAUGCAGCGUUUUUUUUUUACAGAACUAUAAGGACCCACAGCUGAUCUGGUUCCUGCACUCGUCUGUCCUGAACAUUGAUGUUGUGUUUAAUGUUUAGUGCAUAUUUCCUGCCUGCAACAGCUAAAACAACAACAACAACAACAACAACAACCCUACAUCUUGCUGUUUUUAUCCAGUGAGAAAUUGUUUUAUCCCCAGUCAGGUCCAGCUGACUCAGGUGCUCCACUUUUCCAUUUAAGUGAGACUUUUUAAACAGUGAAUGUACUUUAUCGCUCAGCCUGUUUAGAUCUGUUUCGGCUCCUCGGUGUUGAUAGCUCUCCGUGCUAGAGCUCGCUGUGAGACCCGUCCAAGCUAUCUGCCCAUUUCAAGGGAAAAUACUUGGAUAGAUUUAUUUCUAGGGACUGAAUUACUGCAGAGAUGCCUGUUUGUUAGAGCCAGUGUUACCAUAAGCAGCAAUGUUGUUUCAUUGCUACCUAGAAUGUCGAGCUUCGUAGUGAUUAAUGAAAUAUCACUUUAUUGCAUGUUGUUCCUUAUGUGGCCCGGUAUCAGGAAAAAAAAAAA